UGCCAGAUAGCCAGCCAGAGUGUGGCCAGAUCGCAGCGACGGUAGUGCAUUUUCAACAAAAAUAAGGUAAAAGAUAGCACAAAUAUGGCCAGCAAUUGUUAAACAAUUAUCACAAUUGCCUGUAUAAUAACCAAAUGUCAACUGUUUGAAAUCAACGCGCUCAGCAGCCCCCGCAGCAACAACAAAACAAAGGCAAUUGGAAGUGCAGCCUAACGGGAGUUGCUCCAGCAUAUAGAGUUUAUAAUCCAAAUAUAAGUAUCCAUUUAUCGGGAGUUAAUCCACCAUGGCGGAUCCAGAGCGACAGAGCCUGAUCAACAAGGACGACGGCAACGGCUACAAUUCCGUGGACGCCGUGGACGAGGGUGCCGAUAAUCCGGGCAGCAACUCAUCGGUGGCCACAAACGAGGACGGCAAUGGCGCACCGACGGCAGUGCCUUGCAUUGGACCCGAUGAGCUGCCGCCGCCGUAUCAGCAGAGCACCAACACCGGAGGCGUGCCGAUGGUCACCUGUCGGGUAUGUCAACACAUGAUUGACAUCACCACGAAGCGGGAGCAGCACGUGGUCAAGUGCACCCACUGCAAUGAGGCUACUCCCAUUCGGAACGCUCCACCGGGCAAGAAGUACGUUCGCUGCCCAUGCAACUGUUUGUUAAUCUGCAAGAGCUCGUCGCAGCGGAUCGCUUGUCCAAGGCCCAAUUGCAAGAGGAUCAUCAACCUGGCCCCAAGUCCCGUCACCCCGCCCGUGCCAACCAUGCCGGGCAUGUGCCGCGUCACUUGUGGCCAUUGUUCGGACACGUUUUUGUUCAACACGUAUCACAACGCCUUGGCCCGGUGUCCACACUGCAGGAAGGUCUCAUCGGUGGGCUCGCGCUUUGCCAACAGCCGCGGCGUGUUGUUCGCCAUCGUGGCGCUGCUGUUCCUCAUCACAGGCAUCGGUGUAACCAUCGGCACAUACUCGAUUGCUUCGAAUCACGGAGGCAUGUACUUCCUCUAUGUGGCGCUGUUCGUGAUUUCGGGGUGCAUGCUGGCCCGGUCCGCCUACUAUUUCCGCCUUAAAGUGAGCGCCAUCGAUGGGCCAAUGUAAAGCUAAAGCACGGGUCCCGUGGCAAGGAAGAAAGUGCAUUGUUUUAUUUUUAUAUAUAUAUUAUUCAUAUAUAUCAUUCCUUUUGAUAUUAAAUUUAAAACUAAACACAAGCAGCCAAUUUGCAGACGGAACAUAUGAACAUUUCUCCAGCAGUCCAGCUACAAAAAACUCUUCGUUUCGAGCAAAACUAAUAGCAAACAUAGCUAAAUUUACGAAAGGAGGUCCCCGUUUAAAGUGAUUUUGAAAAGCAUAAUUAGGAUAGUAAGGCCGUAACUAACUAAACACUAUACUAAAAGCAAAUAUUUCAAGUGUCGCAGAAGCAGCUACCUUUAAAGUGCUAAAUGAGGAACCCAGAUCUGUAGGCAGUCAUUAGUUAUUAGACCAGCGAUCGAUCAAUCCACAGUGCAUCUCAUUUUUAGAAUCGUCAGGCUCCAUUUUAAAGAUUGUACAGUUUCGUUGUUUAAGUGUCCGAUUUGUUAUCCGUUCGUGCGUGUAUUAACUAUUUCUGCAACUAUUUCGGUAUUUAUACAUUACGUAUUCGUUGAUACGCUUUUGAUUUUUGUGUUGCCUAGAAUUUAUCCAAUGCACUUUUCUCAGUUCGCGCCAAAGCAAACGAAAGCGUUUUGUUUCUUGGCGUUAGAAAUAAUUUGAAGGGUAUGCUAAUAGUGCUGAUGAAGGUACAUACAUACGCGCAUAUAUACCAUACAUACAUAAUUAUAAUGAAAAUAAACAAAGCAACACUUCUUGAACAACAGAGAACAAGCAACGCUCAUGCAGAUCCAAAAAAAAAAAACAAACGAAAAACAAUUUAGACAGCAACUGCUAAACUGCAAAAUUGCAUAUAUAUAUAUGAUUAAAAGGAACGGUUUACUUUUGAAAUAUAUAUAUACAACAUUUAUAUUUAGUACAUUAUAAAUUAGCAUACAUACACUGUAAAUAAAAAGAAAUAAAACCACAA